AUGGACUUUCUACUCAAAAAUAAUAAUACAAUCACGACAGUUUUAUCAGUUGUUAUCAACUCAUUUUUCAUUUAUUUAGUCAUGUUCAAAUCUCGAACUGGGAUGGGUGGAUAUCGAGAAGUUUUAGCAGCUACUGGAUUUUUUGAGAUUUUUUAUUCACUUCUUAUCAUUGUAUCAAAUCAACUUUUGUACAUAUCGCCUGAUGUUUAUUUAGUUUAUAUGACACCUGGGGCUUUUUUUGAUGUAAGGAUUAAUGUAUAGAAAUCAAGCUAAGUGACUAUUUUUUAGAACUCAUUUAUCACAAUUCAUAUAAUGGCCAUCAAGAUUUCAUGUAUAACUCUCACAUAUGGAAUUCUCGAAGUUCAUUUUAUCUAUCGAUAUAUAGCGAUUUGCAAGUAAGCAAUAGUCAAUGAAUUUUUUGUAAAUCUAAAAAAUUUUCAGACCACACUCAAUGAAAAAUUUAUCAAAAACAUCUUGGAAGAUCUAUCUAACCAUCUACAUAUUCUUUCAUGGUCUCAUUGUUUAUCUGGUUUUAUCUCAACUUCUUUAUUGCGAUGAAGAUACAAGAACUAAUUUCGAAGCUGAUUUUUUGAAGAAAACUGGUCUUCGAAUUUAUGACAGAGCAAUGAUUUGUAUGACUUUCACAAAAGGAUCGGAUAUGGUGAUAUUACGAAGUUAUAUAGCUGAUUUUUUAUUAUUUUCUAUAUCACUAUACUUAACAUCGGUUUAUUUUAUUCUAGGAUUUUUGGUGGGUCAAUCGCAACGUUUUUUGUUUUUAUUAAAAUGUUUCAGAUUGUUCGUGAGUUCAAAUCAACUCAAAUGAGUGAAUCAACCAGAAAAAUGCAAAAACGACUCACUAUUUCCUUGAUAGUUCAAACUGUUAUACCUCUUGUUUCAAAUCUUAUUCCAACAUUGUCACAGCUAAAAAAAAAAGAUUUUUUUUGUUACCGUCAUACGGUAUGCGUCGGUGUUUGCAGACAGCGCGUGGAGGCGUGGCCUAUGGAGGCGUGGCCUAUUCGGUAAGCGUUGCACACGGUUUUGGCAAUGUGCGGCGCGCGUGUGUGUUUGUUGCAUCAUUUUUUUUUACAACAGAUUUUGUGUGUUUUCUCAUAUUUUUCAUUGUUUAAACGGUGACUUCGGUUAUUUUGAGUGAAUAUACCACCUUGAUCGCAAGUCAUACCACUUUUUAACAGUUUAAACUUCUUAUUUAUCAUUUUCAGUGAAAUAUUUCCAGAUAGGAGAAUUUUAUAAACUUUUUUUUUAAAACUUUUCACAGUUUUGGGAUUUUUAACUACUUUUAACUUUAUAGAUUAUGUCAUUUCAUCUCCAAAUCGAGAUUCACUGGCGAACUACUUCAAUGAUUUUUUAACACACUAUUUUCGACGAUUCUCUACAUUUUGUAUCAAAGGUAAUUCUUUAUCAAAAAUUGUUCCGUAAACGAAAUUAUCCGUAGGUAAUUUACAUCAUUCAGGUUCUAUCAAGUUAAUUGGUUGA